AAAUAAUUAAUUGGAAACAAACGUAAGUCUCAUUCAUCAUCUCCUACAAAGAUUUCUUUACUUUUUCUUAUUCUCUCAAAUAAAAAGUCACAACCUAAGUUUCUAUCUCUCUACAAACAAUGGCGUGUCUAUUUAAAGCAACAAGGUCGUCGAUCCAUAACGACCAUCUCCAUUACUUCUCCAUUAACCAACCAACCAAGAAAUCACAAAAGACAAGUUAAGGAGAGAUCUUGACCUGAUUCAAACACUUUUGAGAGAACUAAUCUCCGAUCAAGAACUCUUUCUUUUUGAGGAUGAAACUAAUUGAGAAGACGACGAACAAGUUUACCAAAGCCGAGGAGGAAGAAGAUGAUGGAAGCGAGGUCUUUCAGUCGAUCGAAGUGGCUAAGGUUGACCAGAGCAACGCAUCUCCGCCGCCGCCAUCGGCUGAUGCUUUUGCUACACCAUUGGUAGAGGUUUCCGCCGCCGGCGACGAACUUAACUUGAUUCCACCGUUGAACUUCGCGAUGGUCGACAACGGUAUCUUCCGGUCUGGAUUCCCGGACGUGUCUAACUUCUCAUUCCUCAAGACUCUUGGUCUUCGCUCAAUCAUAUCUUUGUGUCCAGAGGCGUAUCCAGAGAACAACAUGCAGUUCCUCAAAUCUAAUGGAAUUAAGCUUUUUCAGUUUGGCAUUAAAGGCUACAAGUGUCCCCCAGGAUUAGAGAACGAGGUUUGGUUGCAUCUUUGGAACUCUAAGUGUCAAAAAGAGGGUUCCUAUACAAAUGCAAAUUCGAAAACUUCGGAGCCAUUUGUAAAUAUCCCAGAUCAUAAAAUCCGUGAAGCACUUAAAGUCCUUCUCGACGAGAAGAACCAUCCACUUCUGAUUCACUGCAACCGAGGAAAGCAUAGGACAGGGUGUCUUGUUGGGUGCAUGAGGAAACUCCAGAAAUGGUGCUUGACAUCGAUUUUCGACGAGUACCAGCGAUUUGCAGCGGCUAAAGCUAGAGUUUCAGAUCAAAGGUUCAUGGAGUUAUUCGAUGUUUCGAGCUUCAAGCAGAUACCAAUGUCUUUCUCUUGCUCGAGUAGCUAGGUAGAAGAAGCAGCAAACAACAACAACAACAACAACGUCCUUAGGUUUGAUUGAUCAAUCAAAUCUGUCAGUCCCUUGAGCCUUUUUAGCAUUUAUUCAUAUAUAAUCGAAUAAACACAAGGAGGAGAGCAAUCAUGAGUACAGGAGGAAUAUCACCAGCAUUCUUCUUGUUUUUGUCUUUGUUUCUCUUUUCUCCUUAUUCAGUCAAUAACUAUAAUAAUUGGAAGAAGAAAAAAAGAAUAGAUUCCUUUUCUUUUGAUUCUUUUGUAUACUAAUAAUGUAAUGUAUCCAUAUGUACCCAGUGUAAGCAUUCAGCUAGAUAAAUAUAAUUAUAGAUACAGUA